AAUUGUAAAGAAUAAUCGACAUAUUGAAUUUCGCGAAUUCUUUUUUCGCGAAAAAUUGACGUGGUGCAUUCAGUGCUCCCCCCGCUCUCGUCGGGGCCGCCUAUCGAGCGCGCAAUGUUGGCGAACCUGGGCGACGCGCCCGGGGCCGACUCGCGGCUAAGUUCGCGCCACGCGCAGCCGAGCGUGGCUGUCGCAUCGUACUCCGCCAGCGCUUCCGCAGAGCGAAGUGCCGCACCGUUGUACGUCGCAACGGGACGUGCCGUGCGGCGGCGAGACUGAAAGAAGAAACGAAAGAAAGAAAGAGAGAGAGGGUAGGAAGGGACGCGAGGGUGGUGCGGCCACUGGCGCAUCCGCCGUCGAUGGAUAUACAUCCACGAGGGAGGUGUGAUGCGGCUCACACGAUGGUGGACAACGAGUUCCCGGCCGCCGAGAAGAUCCUUCGUGACAUCGAGAGCACGAUCAGGAGGAAUCCUUCCAUAAAAAGCUUCGUCAUCGUGCCGAUGGAGGACAACGAGAAUCGGUCACCGGUGUUUCACCAGGAGGACAGUCUGGGUUUGGCGUCGUGGUGCGUUCAGCCGCUCUACGUAUACGCUUAUCGGCGCCUGUUGGAGUACCGGCGGACGCGUCAUCAACGGCGCGAGGAGCCCAGCACGGUGGCGAGGUGGCUGCUGGGUGCCUUGCUGCUAAAUCCGAACGUGACCACGUUCUGGAAUAUGCGGCGGGAGCUGGUGCGGGCCGGCAGGUUGGACGCGCGCGACGAGCUGUCCGUCACACGACCGGUGCUCUAUCACACGCCGAAGAACUUCGAGGCCUUUGCGUAUCGGGGCUGGCUGAUGUCGCACGCCCUGGACGCCGAGCGGAACCACGUCGCCGAACCCGGGGUCUCGCCCCUCGCGAGCGCCGAGGUCGAGCUCGCAGAGACCUGCGCCGAUCGUUACGCGAACAACUACCACGCGUGGAGCUAUCGGCGUCACUUGGUCGCCCUGUGCGAGUCACGCGGUUUGCGGCAUCCCAGUCUCGAGAGCGAGUGGAGGAGUACUCUCGCUUGGUGCCGACGACACGUGUCCGACCAUAGCGCUCAUUCCUAUCGGCAAUUUCUGCUGCGGAAGUGCAUACUGGCAAUGGUGUCCUCGGAAACGGAGAUGAAUGACGACGACACCGUCAGACACGACAAUCUGUUCGUCUACAUGAACCUCUACGAACCGAACGACGAUGAACGGACGUUGCUAGAACGUAUUCGCGACAUAUUCGCGCGCCGGGUCGACGGUUAUUCGCCCACCGAUGUUCAAAAACUCAGGUGUUACCUAAGAGCGUUGUCGUACUGGGCGGAGGAAUGUUGGUAUAACGAUCAGCUCAUCGUCAUGUACGACAAUCACGAGACGCUGUGGUAUCACCGUAGGUUCCUAGCGUACUUGCUCGUAGUUCUUACCGUCAUGUACGCGAAACACGCCUGUUACCGCGAAGACGAAUUUUCGGACGUUCAAUGCCGCGAAGAGCCGUCUGCCGCGCCGUUCCUUCGCGAUGGACCCCUGACUACUCACGACGACCUGCUGAUAGCUGCCCAUGUGAUGCUCCUAAGAUCUUUUUGCACUGUUAAUAUUCGUAUUAUUCAAGUAGCGAUCAAACGCGGUCCGCAAGAGAAUCUAUUAAUUGAGAGAUUUACCAAAUAUCUCGAAAGAAUAGGUUUACGAUGAUCAAGACUAGAGUACGAAAUUUUGAAUGUGAAAAAAGAUACAAUUAUAUAAGCUGCCCGCUCGUAAGGUCUUGCUUAUAUCAGAAUUUGCAUAAGCACAAUGCGUAGUCUCACGAAGGGAUUACACAUUAAUACUCGAAUUAUAAUUUCAUAGCAAUAUAAUUCCUCUCUCGUUUUUUUAUGGUUUGGUAUUGUCAAGCUCUGAUAUAAUUUUAAAUCUAGCAUUUAUUUUAAAAUAAUC